CGGUUGUUUACUUGUCAGCUGAGUAGAUAAUGCAUAGUUACAGUUUUUGCUAUCAAAAUACGCCAAGUCAAGUGUUGAACAAUAACAGAAAAUAGUUAGUUCUAAUGUUGUGGACUGUAAAGAUUAAAUGCGUUCGGCCCUUAGUGUAAUAUUGUCGAGUCCUGUACCCGACAAUAAAAUGUCUCAUCCUGAUUACGAGCAAACAGCUCAUGAUCAUGCCACAAUUCUGGUACUUCUCAAACCUGUUGGCACUCAAAUUAAACCAAAGACGGUUGAUCGUUUAUGCGAGCGAAUAAUCAAAUGCGGCAGCAGAUUCACUGUCACCGACUCAACGAAUAACCAAAGGGAGAUUCUUGCCAGAUAUGUUAGAGAUUAUCCAGUAGAAAAUACAGAAUGGGGUGAUUUUCAAACCCAUAGGAGAUUAUUAGGAUUAAUUACUUUUGGAAAAUAUGAAAACCAAACCGAGCUCAACGAACUCUGCAGGCUUCAUGAAACUUUUAAAGUUAAAUAUGUACAAACAUUAUAUGACUCUAGAACUAUUUUAAUUGGACCAAAUGCAUCAGAGAAACUUUCUGAACCACCGCCAGGCUUUACGACACCUUUUAAUUUUAAGACAACAGGAUUUUUUUAUGGUGAUGACUUAUGUCCAGAUUUGGAAGCUCAAAUUUUAGAAUUUUUAAAAGGUCUUUUUUAUGUUUUGGAUUACAAGAGAUUGGAUAGAACAAGAGAGAAAUUUGAUAAAGUUGCUUUACUCAAAGCCCCAUUUGAGGAAAAAGAUUUUAUUGGAUUAGAUUUAGAAUCUAGAAAUAAUCGAAAGAGGUGUGUUGGUCGUGCCAUAAAACAUUUAGGUGAUUUAAGUCUACAGGCUGGACUUUACAGCGAUGCCUUCAACAAUUACACUUCAGCAGUUGUUACUUUACAAGGAGUGAACGAUUGGUUAUGGCUGGGUGCAGCUUAUGAAGGCCAAUGUGCUGUAUCAGCUAUCAUGUUAUAUCCUAAUUUGUUCAGAAGUCCUCCUUUACAGAGGAACUCAUCGCUACAAGAAAGCAGUCCAGGGAAACAAAGACGUGAUUCUCAAGCAUCAACCCUUCCAAUAUCACCAACAAUUGAUACCGUGAGAACAGCAAAAUUUCAAGUUUUGGCCCCCGAAGAUAUCAGUAAAAGGUAUCGCGAUGCUAUUGUACACUACAGCAAAUAUCAAAAUGCAGGGAUUAUUGAGAAUGAAGCUAGUUUUAAGGCAUCAAGAAUUUCCAUUGAACAAAAUUGUCCUUUACAAGCUGCAGCAUUCCUCAAUAAUAUGUUCAACAGCAUACCCAUGCCAGAAAAAGAAAAGAUCGACAGAUUUACCACAUUGGCGGAGCUUUACACUGCACUUGGUUUCACGAGAAAAGCGUCGUUUUGCUUAAGACACGCGGCUCUGCAUUACGUGUCUCAAAAAAAUCAAAAUCCCGAUUGGCAGCAAUGUUAUAAUUUAUUAUUACAAACCACGUCGGGUUUCAAAUUAUCUCUAGAUCCGGCUGAAAUGUCACCAAGUAACAGAAGAGGCUGGCCGUCGAUACAAAUACAAUUGUUGAACGAGCUGGAAACGGCUGCCAAUCGCAUGGGUAAUCCAGCCUUAGCGACGAGACACUUGACGUUCCUUCUGCAAACGAUGUACAAUUAUCUAUCUGUCAAUCAGCGCAGAGACGCUGCUCUGCAAUUGCAAGCUGUCUCUCAGCAAUGCGAAGGAGCCCCCGUUCCUCUGGUACUCGAUUCGGGAAUAGUCAUACCGCCGGCCAAUCUGACGAACAUACCUCGCACGAAAUCCUUCGUCCUGAAGAACCUUCAGCCGCAUCUGCAGCCGCAAAAGAUCGAGCGCGUCAAGGAGGACCACGGGCCGUUCCUCUUCACGCCCAUUAAUUUCGGCUCGCUCGAUCGCAAGACCAUCUCCAAGAGCAAGGUCGAUUAUCUCUGGGUUGACGGGGACAUCUGCGAGGUCACCAUGCAGCUGGUGAAUCCGCUGCCCUUCGAGCUGCACGUGUCGAACAUGCGGCUGCUCACGAACGGCGUCGUCUUCGAGUCCAUACCCGAGAGCAUCACGAUACCGGCCGAGAGCGGACCGAUCGCCGUCACCCUGGCCGGCACGCCCCGCGAGGCCGGCGAGCUCGAGAUCCUGGGCUUCAGCACGCACUGCCUCGGCGUCAAGUCGGACUGCCAGCUGAAGCACGUGGACAGCAUGAUACACCAGCUGUACACGGUCGAGGUGGUGCCGCAAUUGCCAAAGAUCAACGUGGAGACGAGCCUGCCGAGGACGGCGAGCUUCAGCUCCGCCGACAACAUCGUCACCAGCGCGAGCAUCUCGCUUUACGGCGGCGAGAGCGCUGAGUGUACGAUAACGAUAACGAACGUGGGACAAGUACCGGUCGAGAUGGUCGAUAUCUCCGUUCAGUCGACUCUGGACAGCCUGACGAAAUCAAAAGUCUUCAGGUGGAGCGAGGAGGAUCUUCAGACGCAGCUACCUCUGCAGCCUCAAACGAGUGCCAGUAUUACCCUGUACAUGCACGCGGCCAUGGAUUUCGUUGUGCCUACAUCGCGACACGGCAGCACAGGCGUCUAUCCGAGUCAGCCCAACAGUUUGCUGUCGCACUCGGGACCGAGCUCGCUACCGUCGCGCCUGAGCUCGCCGUCGCAUCACACGAAGCGCCAGUCGGAGAUCACCUCGUCCUUCCGAUCGGCCACGAACUCGUCGACGGGCUCGUCGAGCGGCGCCGGCAGCAGCAGCAGACUGUCCAAGCUGGCGGCGCCCCUGCACGCGUCCAACGUCGUCGAGGGACAGCUGCGCAUCAAGUAUUCGGGCGCGGCGGGCUUCGGCGCCGGCUACUGCCGGGUUUCCUCGGUUUUCAUCGCGAUCGAGAUGCUGCCCAGCGUGCAGAUAACCGGUUGGGACGUUUUGCCCGCCGAAUUGCCCACGCAAUUUUAUUUAGUUUUGGACGUGACCAACAUGACGAAUCACGAGAUGGAGUUGAAUUACGCGACGAACAAACGUAUUUACAUGGAGGGACGUGAGUCCUGUCGGAUACCCAUACCCGUCGAUCGAUGCCCCUUGAACAAGCAAACGUUGGUCAACGGAUCCGGCAAUGUGGACGACCUGCAGAAAGUUUGCGCCGAGCACAUAGCUUCGUUGACGGAUCUCAAUUGGCAAUUGCUCGGCACGGAAUCCAAGGGUCAAGCGAAUUUGACUGGAUUGACGUUGACCCAAAAUAUGCUAGAUCUCGUGAGAAUGAGUCCGCUUCAAUGGGAAAUAACCAUCAACGAAAAAGUAUUCAAAUCUCAAGACGAGCUUAAAUGUACAUUGGGAGAUUGCGUCAGCGUGGGCGUGGGAGUAUCCAAUGCCUUGGAAAAUCCGCUGAAAAAUCUUACGUUAUCCGUCAAUCUUUAUCAAGAUCAUCACAAUGGUGUGCAUAAUUACAGGCUCGAUUCUAGGGUAUCGAUUGCCGGAGCUAAUAAAGUCAUGCUUCCAACCCUACAGGAAUCAGGACGAGCGUACUACGAGUGUCGCGUCGUGUUUCUGACGAUUGGCCAAUACAAGUUUGACAUACAAUGCACUAGUCGUGAGCCAUCGUUAAAUCCGUCUGUCACUUUUACAGAGCUGUCGUCGAACGCCGGUCAUACAUGGCGCUACACGCCGCCCAUUGAAAUUAAAGUUGUAGAUGAUUGUUGA